GUCUCCCCAGACUUGAACAACGGAGGCUUCCCGUCCUCGCCUAACCAAGCGGCGGCAACCACCUGGCGUACUUUUGCCGCCCCCGCCGCGAAACCAAGAGCUGUGCUGCGCUCGGCGAGCGCCUGCAAGGAUUGGGCACAUCUUAAGUGGCAUUUUGUAGCAGGGAGGCGUCGCGGAGGCCGCACCGGCGAUAAAGCCAUUGGUCACGCGGCCCCGCCCUCUCAGCGUGUCGGUUCAAGCUUCCAGGCGUCCCACAGGGACUCCCCCAGAGCAGUGUUUCCCUCGAGCAAACCAGCUACCCACCCGCCCCAUGUGUUUUGGUGACCUGUCGUGGCUCCCGCUGCAAGACGCCCCCACAGCCGACCCAGAGGCACCCCUGCGCCUGUCCCUGCUGCGCUCCAUCGAUGCGCUGGUCAGCCCAGAGGCCAACCGCCACCCCACCAAGGCCGCGGCCGAUGCAGGCAGCUGGCACUCUGUCGCCAGGCUGCCCACCAGCACCGCAGACAGCGGCAGCGGCGUCACCAGCAGCGGCGGCGGCGCGGUGUUCUUCCUCGCCGACGGCCAGCCCUGCUACAGCAGCGGCACCCCCAUGCUGUCCAGGUGCACCAGCGGCUGCAGCGCCGCCCCGCCGCAGCACCAGUGGCACGCGCAGGCGGGCCACGGGCCCAUGCCGCGCCUGAGCAGCAUCAAGCGCAGCCAGUCGUACAGCGCCUUCCUGCCCUACGGGCCGCGGGCCGCCGGCAUGAAGCGAGGCGCCUCCUGCCACUGCCUCCUGCUGGCCCGCCAGCCCACCGCCCCUCCCAGCUCGCCCAUCACCGCCACCUCCCCGCCCAGCCUGAUCCCAAGCUACAGGAGCCUCCCGCCCGCGUCCAGCACCUGCAGCCUGCCAGAUGUGGAGGUGUUUGCUGUGGGGCUGGAGCUGGUGCAGGCGGGGAUGGCGCCAGAGGAUGUGCGCAGCCUGCAGAGCGCGCGCAGCUUCCUGGCCGCCUUCUGCGAGUAGGCAGCCAGCCAGCCCUGUGCGCUGCCGCUACUAAGACCCUUUCACCAGCAAGCCACGCAAGCAUCCCAGGCACUGCACCGACUGCACCCACUGGCAACCCACCACCUUCGCACAGCCUCCAAGCCACCUUGCCAGAACUAGACCCAUGCCUGUCCUAGCGACGCAGCGACCGUUGCUGCCUUCUUUGCCCGGCUCCUCGCCUUGAUCCCCCCCCAAGAUGUCGCAAGCCACAUCCUUGCAACCUCGCACUUGGCUCCAGCCCUUUUGUCUCCUUCGGCUCUCCCCGCCGCAAUCGCUAGAUUGCAGGCCCCGCCACCUCAUCACCGCUUGGUCACACAGUAUGUUUCUCUCUACCCCGGCCCCGCUCCGAUCUCAUUUCCCUGCCUCCCAUUCAUUCACAGCAUCUGCAGCUGGGCGCUGUGCAGCGUCCAGCUGCUGGAUCUAGUUUUCCUUUCUUUUUGAACUGCAAUUCCCUGACCACGCCGUCCCCCCUUGCCUUUGUUGCGAUUCGCGUAGCACGCCGGCGUGCUACGCGAAUGUGUUUUUUGAGGGCGCCCUCAAUCCCACUGCACUUCUUUGCAUCAAAUUUCGAUUGGCCUGCACAACCUGCAUAAGCGCCCGCCUUGUGGCCUGGCUGCCAGCCCUGGCCCGGCUCCCCAAAUGUAUUGGCCGGCGUGGCUGGUGGCGCCUGCACUAGCACCCACUAAGAGCCUCCCGCUCCACAUGACGUCAUGUCGACAUGACCCCCCCUCCCCCCUAAUCAUCUCCUAGCCACUGGAUGGCACACACAGCCACCAUCAUCGCAUGAACUCAUCACCACACUAAAUGUAAGACAGCUUCACAC